CCUCACGAGAACGACGAAAAAACCGAAAGGAUGAAGAUUGCGUUCGUUCAUCCUGAUCUUGGAAUUGGAGGGGCGGAGAGAUUGGUCAUCGACGCCGCGGUCGGGUUGCAGAGCCGUGGGCACCAGGUGGUGAUCUACACGUCUCACUGCGACAAGACUCAUUCCUUCGAGGAAGCUCGGGAUGGCACCCUCGACGUCCGAGUCCGCGGCAACACACUCCCAGCAAACCUCUUAGGCCGCUUCGCAAUCCUCUUCGCAAUCCUCCGACAACUCCACCUCACAAUCCACCUCCUCCUCGAAUCCACAACCUACGACGCAAUCUUCGUCGACCAACUCUCCACCUCAAUCCCCCUCCUCCGCCUCAAAGCCCCCGUCUUCUUCUAUUGCCAUUUCCCCGAUAAAUACCUCGCACAACCCGGUGGUUUGUUGAAGAAGCUAUACCGUAUCCCAUUCGACGCCGUGGAAGAGUAUACCACCGCAGCGUCGGACGCGAUCGUGGUCAACUCGAACUUCACCCGCAGCGUCUUCGCCAAAGCAUUUCCACGGAUCAGCCGCACCCCAGGCGUCCUCUACCCAUGCGUCGACAUCACCCACCUCCCCACCACGCCACCCUCACAAACCCCGACCCUCCAAUUCCCAGAGGGAACAAAAGUCAUCCUCUCCAUCAACCGCUUCGAACGCAAAAAGAACAUCGAGCUCGCACUAAAAGCCUUCGCAACCCUCCGCGGCCACCCAAACUUCCAAAACCUCCGUCUCGUCCUCGCCGGCGGCUACGAUUCCCGCGUGACCGAAAACGUCACAUACCACCACGACCUCCAAUCCCUAGCUUCCACCCUAUCCCUAACCCACCAAACCAUCAAACCCACCUCCUCCGCCCUCGCCCUCGACCUCGAUCCCAACACCAAUGUCCUAUUCCUCCUCAGCAUCCCCGGACCCCUCAAAGAGGAGUUGUUGAGAACGUCGACACUCCUAGCCUACACCCCAACAAACGAGCAUUUCGGGAUCGUUCCCCUCGAAGCCGGUCUCGCCCGCCUCCCCGUCCUCGCAACAAACACCGGGGGACCACUCGAGACUAUCGUCGAUGGAGACACAGGAACAGCUACAGCGACUGGGUGGUUAAGACCGGCGGAUGAGGGGGCGUGGGGUGAAGUCAUGAGAGCCGUUAUCGAGAUGUCGGAGCGGGAGAGGGAGAGCAUGGGGAGCGCGGCGAGGGAGAGGGUUGUUACGAGGUUUAGUUUGGAAACGAUGGCGGGGGAUUUGGAGGAUGGGAUUCUGAGCAUGUUGAAUGAGUGCAGGAAUAAGGGAGGUGUGCCUGUUGUCGGAGUAUUAUUGGCGGUAUUGCUCGUUGCGGUGGUAGUAUGCCUUCCACAGAUCGCAAGGACGACAUAG